AUGUCCGAGUCCCCUGAACCCGAGCUCGAGCGCGAGAGAGGCAUCGAAGGACUGCAUACAGGGAAAGAAAGAGCUAUCGACGGGUUGUUGAAAACGAAGCUAUCACUCGAACACAAACUCGGUCUCGGCCACAAACCCAACGUCGUACCCCCAGGAGAAGCGCGAAUCGAUGACGAGCUUCGAACAGUUGAGAUUGGAUGGCACCCUGUCGCAGGAAUGGCUGGGAACUGGUUCGCAGAGAAAUCUGGCCUGGGGAAGAUGAUCACCGAUCACAUUGGCGGAUACCCGGAUCCUACACAACAUUGGGCAGUUCUCGUUGGAGAUUACGUGCACGAGCUAUGGAUGGACGAAGAUCUGGAUGUGAUCUAUAUCAAUGAAGUGCUUAACCGGGAGGAGUGGCAUACAUUCGAGGUUGGAAAGACGAGAUUCACGGACGAGGCGUUGAGGCAAGCCGGCGAAAUGGUGAUCCACAACAUGAGAGAAAAAAGGAAGGAGUACAAUGUGAUUAGCAACAACUGCCAGAAUUACGCAGUUGCUAUGCUGGAUGCUAUACAAAUCGGAGCGCAUGUUGAAUUCGCAACGAGCUUUGCUGUCUAUCAAGCAGCGACAGGAAAUGGCACGAUCAAAGAAUUAUUUGCGGACAAGCACCCUGAGGAACAGAAGAUUGAGCCAGAACGCCCGGGAAUCCAUCGUACGGAUACUGUGCAGAAUGCUCAGCAGGUUAUGGAAGAGCAUACCACGAAGAUAGACAACCAUAAACAGCUCUUCGGGUAG